ACUACACCCCUGGUUCUAUCGAUUUCCAGGCGGUGAACUAUCGAGUAGCACAGCUUGCUCAAGAAAACAAGCAUGGUUCUUUGGGGACCUUUGAUUUUAUUUUGUGGCAUCGCGAAUGGAAAAAGGACGGAGCAGUCAGUGACCAGGCUGUGAAACGCAUCCCUGUUUCAGACAAGAUAUUCCUCCCCAGAGUUGUGGGUCAUUCCUCUCCAGAAACGGGGAACCAUUUCAUUCUUUGGGUACUUGACUUAAAAAAAAAACAGAUUCAAAUCUAUGAUUCACUUAUGCUUCAGUCUGAGAUCAGUGACGAUGACAUGGACCUCCUCAGAAAUGCUUUCAGAGUUUCAUUUGGUCCUGAAGAUUGGACUGUGACCUAUCCUCCACAGUGGAAGCAGCAGGACUCUGUUAAUUGUGGAGUUUUUGUUUGUUCUGCAGCUGAAAAUGAGGUGCUACAUCAUGAGGUCACUGGGGAGGCUUUGACCCUCAGCCAGUGUAGGACUCUUCGCCUGCACCAUGCCACUGAUAUGCUGAAAGAUGUCAAAGCUGAGGACUUCCCACCUACCCUGGAAGAAAUCGUAAAGAUUGAAAAAAAGGAAAGUAAACUUCAGGAAGCUGAAGCAAAAAGGCCACACUCCAGCAGCCAUUGCCUGGCCUGGAAAAUAAAGACCUGUUUGUUCCAACGAGCAACAGGGACAACCAGUGUUUUACAUGACCACAUAAAGCACUACCCAUGGGUACAAUGCACAAAGUGCAAAAACUGGCUGCAUUUUCAGUGUGCUGGUGUGGAGGGCGACUGGACAAACAAGGAUUUCUUUUGUGGAUGUGACCUUAUCCCUGAUGGAGACCUCAACCUGGAGUCUGUUAAAGCAGAAGACAUUCUGACAGAUGGAGAGAUAAAGGAUUUGGAAAGAAACCUGCAGAGUGGGCAUUUUCUCUCGAACAGAAUGUAUCUGUGGAAACACAGAGGAAUAGAUCCAGCCCUGAGAAAACAUUACAGUGAACAUGUCACUUUAUUCAAUGACAUGGAGGAAAACACAAUCGUGACAGACACCAUGGCUGCAGCUGAAUGGUGCCGCAACACAACAUUUGAAGGAGGUGUGAAAUUUCCUGUUGUCCUUUCUAUGGAUGAAGAGGAGCAAACACAAAUGCUUCAGGACCUGCGCAGCUCAGAAGGGGAUCCCGAUGAGGACUCUCCAAUUGAACUUUGGACAUUUGUGUUUGAAAGAAAAAAUGACCAUGAAAAGUUCUGUGCAGAACUCAUGGACAUAAAAAAGUACAAAGUUUUUUCAAAAUUUGAGAAACAAUGAUUCAGUAAAUGUUUAGAACUCUUUAAGAGUUCAGUGUUUUCAUAAAAGUUA